CUGUGGGCUUGGGGUGGACAGGAUCCUCGCGAAGCCCCAAACCAGCCUUUUCUGCCCCCACUCCCCGUCCCACGCUGGAAUCCCAGCUGCUCCUAUUUGGAGUGUCGCCCGUUGCUCCCUUCUUCUAGUCUUCCCGGGCACCUGACCCGGUCGCAGCUACAGCCAUGCCGAGAAGGGGCAAAAAGGGCCCGAAGACCGAAGAGGAGAAGUUACUGAUGCUUCAGCAGAAGAUGAUGGCGGAGGAGGAGCAGCUCAGGAAGAAGGAGAGGCUCCUGAAUCAGUUCUUGAAGGACAAACUGGCUAAGGAGGAGCGAAAUAGUACCUUGAACCUUAAUAAAAUCAACACCCAGUGGAGAGUCAUUCUGAGGGAAGUCAAGGCCAAAGAGCUUCGGAAAGAUAUCGAGAUCCUUAGCCAAACAUUUGAAAGGGUGGUGGAUUGCAAAGACAGUGUGAUCAAAUCUUUAGCUAAGGACCUGACAGAAGCCGAAGGCCAGUAUGCUCAUGCCCUCCAGGGUCACUUGCACAAUGUGGAUGAGCUCCUAGAGCUCCAGAGAAGCCGCCUGGCCUACCUUGAGGAGUGCUACGGCGAAGAACUAGAAGCUCUCACCAAGGAAUUUGAGACCGAAAGGAAGAUGAUCAUUGACCAACAUGAGAAAGAGAUGCGCUACCUCCAGGAUGUUUACUUGGCCAUGGAGCAGAACUUCCUGGACACUGAAUAUGAAGCUAAGCUGGAGUUCCAAAGCAUGUGGGAUGACCUCAAAAAUAAGAACCUGGAGGAGAAGCAUUUUCUACGAAUGCAGUUAGAAGGCACAGUGGAAGAUCUGUGGAGAAGGUUCCAGGAGGCACUAAAAAACUACACUGAUGCCACAGAAGAUCGGAAGCUUGCCUUUGAAACCUUGAAGGCAAGGGAUGAGAAGAGCUCCAAAGAGAUAGAGAUGCAGAUGAAAAAACUGCAGAAAAUCCAGGAUUCCAUUGCUAUCCUGCGGGGUAAAAUCUCGGCGCACACCCAUGAGAAUGAGGAACAAAACCAACAUAUUCGUGAAGACAAAGACCUGGUCCACAGGCAACUUCAGAAACUCAAACAACACAUGAGUCAAGCCCAGGCAGAGGCCCGGCGCAAUCUGGCCAAACUGACAUGGGAGAGUAACAUCGCCCUCAAAGCCCUGAAAAAAAUUGUUGAGAAGGGAAAUCUCAUCCUCAAACUUGCUGAAAUAUGUAGGAAGUUUGAGACAGAGGAAGAGAAAGUCCUACCCUUCUAUUCCUCAAUGUUGACACCAGAAGAACUGAAGGAAGUGGAAAAAAAUGAUCAUGAAGAGCCUACAAUAGAACUGGCUAAGUUGAUGGAGAACUUCACAGGCUUGGAGAAUUUCUGGAAAAGGUAUAACAAGGUAAAGUUGGAACAAUUAAGCCUACAGCGAAGACGGGCCCAACUGCUGGAAACCAAUGAGAAGCUGAGGCAUAUGCUUAAGCAGUACCUGGAUGGUAUCUCAGUGAAUGAUGAAGUGCUGAGCCAGCUCAACCCACUCUUUAUCAUCAACCAACGUAGCAACAUCCCCUCACCCCAAACAGAUCACUCACAACAGCAACCUAUCUAUAACAUCAUCGAAGCUGCCCAUGUGGUAUCCCAUACACUGUGACACCUUGCCAAUGAUGUCCACAGGGAACCAGCCUCUCCCUAACCCCCAAAUACUUUCCCUUAGUCAAUAGAAACUUGAUAUUAAAGGUUUCCAUGAAAA